UCAUGUGCUAUCGACAACCCGUUCAGUGUAUCGCAGGUUCGCACUUCCGAGCCCCCGCUGCAGUGCAUGGUCCGUGCAGCCGCAUGCCUGCACAUUCAGCACAACCAUGCACGGAGUCCAUAUUCACUGCACACCGCACACAUGUUUGCUCACCGCGACAAUCUCAUCGUCGCUUUGUUCCCUCUCAUCAAGCAUGCGCGCGGGACUGCUGGAUGAGAGCUUUGGUGGCUGAACGCGUGGCAGCUGUGGAUAUUUCUUCCAGCACAAAGCCCAGGAACUGCUGCUGGCUGUGGUGGUUGCGAGCCGGUCGACCAUCAGGUGGGCAAAGGAUGCAGGCAGGAAGUCGGGAUACGUCAGCUGCAGCAGCCAGUGACACACAUGGGUGGUGGGCUCUCUCGCUCUCUCUCGCUCUCUCUCUCCCCCUCUCCGUGUGUGUGCAGUGAAUUGGUCCAUUUACCGGGUGCACCCCGCUGGUCUGCUGUUUGUGCCACUCGAGCAGCCGCCGACACAACACUAGGUCGCCACGCAGCUGCAGGUGGGGAGGGAGAUAACGACAACACACACACAUCGGCCUCUGAAUGUGUGAAUGUGUCUCUGAAGGUGUGGUCACCUGGCUGACAACGUGUCGCUCGGGCUGGAUGUUCUCCGAGAUGACCACCCCCACCCCCAGUAUACUCCCCCCAGAAUCGCUGCAGCGCUCGGAAGUCCUCACUCCUCUUGAGGUCGCCCAGCAGCUUCGCGGCCCUGCAGUCGAAAGAGAUACAACAAGAGCAUUCGGCUGCUUUUCUUUGCUACCGGCGAAUGUGUUGGUGUUGGCUGGGGUCAGGUUUGGCCGCCCUCCACACGCCAGCACUCUCCUCAAAGCCAACACACUGACACACACGAUACCAAGAGGAUGCCCAUAUAGCUGUGGUGCUGUGUCUGUGUCUCUGUCGCGGCAGGAUGGGAUGUGUGUGGCCGUCUUACCUCCAGUCACGAACGCCAUCGUCAGGCAU